AUGAGAAUUACUUUUGUAUUUUUAUUGGCAAUGCUAGGUGUUAGCAUGGCCAUAAUAAACCAGAAUUUCCAUUAUAAUUCUACGAAGUAGUUGAAUUUGACUUAAGUUAAAUAGCUUUUCUCUAAAUUCAAAGCUGAACACAAGAAAUUCUAUAACUUUUUAGAAGAACAAAGGCGCUUUGAAAUAUUUAGAUAGAAUUUAGACAUAAUUUCCGAACUGAACUAAGUCGAAGAAGGCACUGCUGAAUAUGGAAUCACUUAGUUUUCUGAUAUGACAACAGAAGAAUUUAAAUCAUAAAUUUUAAUUCCUUCUACCUAUGCUAGAAACUUCACUGGUUCUAGAUACCAUGGAUUCUAAAAAAUUUCAUAAGAUGCUCCCACUUCUUACGAUUGGCGUGAUCAUGGAGCUGUUACUCCUGUUAAGAAUUAGGGUACUGUUGGUACUUGUUGGACUUUCUCAACAACUGGUAACAUUGAAGGCUAAUGGUUCUUGGCUGGUAAUCCUUUAGUUUCUUUGAGUGAAGAACAAAUUGUUGAUUGUGAUGGUUCUUAAGAACCUUCUACAGGUCAUGCAGAUUGUGGUGUUUUUGGUGGAUGGCCUUAUCUUGCCUUUGAUUAUGUUAUUAAUGCUGGUGGCCUUCCUUCAGAAGAGACUUAUCCCUACUGCGUUGGUAAUGGAGGUUGUUACCCAUGUCCUGCUCCUGGAUACAAUGAAACUUUAUGUGGACCUGCAGUUCCUUAUUGCAACGCUACUGCUUACCCUUGCAGACAAGGAUAAGUUCCAAUUGCAGCAAAAAUUGAAGACUGGAAGGCUUUAUCCAAAGAUGAAGACUCUAUUAAGCAAUAACUCUUUGAAAUAGGUCCUCUCUCUGUUGCUCUCGAUGCUUCUUAUCUAUAAUUUUACAAAAAAGGUAUUUCUGCACCAAAAUUCUGCUCUAAGACUACCCUAAAUCACGCAGUUCUUUUGACUGGUUAUGGUAUUGAUAAUGGUGUUGAAUUCUGGAAUGUCAAGAACAGUUGGGGAGCUAAAUGGGGAGAAUAAGGUUAUUUCCGUCUAAAAAGAGGUGUUGGAAUGUGUGGUAUUAAUACUUAAGUUGCUACUGCAAUUGUUAGCAAGUAAGCUUACUCUGAAAAGUUUAUGGAAUAUGAAGAUUAUGAACAACCAUAUUGA